AUGAUCGGAUUUUCAUGUAACCUGUCCUUUAAUAAAUAUUCAAUCAUUAAGAAAAUGCAGCUUUCUAUCUUGUUUUUCAUUGCGAAUUUCCUUUAUAUCGCCUCAGCAUCCUUAAUCGGACCAAACAAACCAUCCGAAGAUUCAUUUUACACCCCACCAAAGGGGUAUGAAAACUCCAAACCUGGUGAUAUUCUCCAAUUCAGAAAAGCUCCAGCAAAAUUAGCUAGUAGCUUUUUCCCAAUUGAUGUUAAAAAUGUAUGGCAAGUCUUGGUUAGAUCUGAAGAUUCGUUCGGGAAUCCAAAUGCAAUUGUCACGACUAUUAUGGAACCAUAUAGUGCUGAUCCAAUGAAGGUUGUUUCUUAUCAAACCUAUGAAGAUUCUGCCAAUAUUGAUUGUUCUCCUUCCUAUGGUUUCCUCUUUGGUGCUAAUCCAGGUACUGUUGCUACUCAGACUGAUAUGCCAUUUAUUGUCAUGGCUUUAAAGAAUGGUUAUUAUGUUGUAAGUCCAGAUUAUGAAGGUCCAAAGUCCACUUUUACUGCUGGUAGACAAUCCGGUCAAGCUGUUCUUAAUUCAAUUCGUGCCACUUUGAAUUCAACCGAUAUUACUGGUAUUGAUAAAAAUGCCAAAGUUGCCAUGUGGGGAUAUUCAGGAGGGUCAUUAGCUUCAAGUUUUGCUGCUGCAUUACAACCUGUUUAUGCACCUGACUUAUCUGAACAUUUAAUUGGUGUCGCUUUGGGUGGAUUUGUUACUAAUAUUACUGCAACUGCUGAAAUCACUGAUGGUACCCCAUUUGCCGGACUUAUUCCAAAUGCUUUGAUGGGACUUGCGAAUGAAUAUCCCGAUUUCGAAAAGAAUUUAUUUGCUCAAGUAAGUAAUCCUAUUGCAAGAUUAGCUUUGAAGAAUGGUAGGGAAUAUUGUAUGAUUCCAGCUAUGGUUCAUUAUCUUGGUAGACAAUUCUUUGGGGGAUUAUUGCCAGUUUUCCCUAAAGGAUUUGGUAUUUUGAAUAAUGAUGUUAUUAAUAAAGUUAUUUAUGGAAAUUCUAUGGUCACUUUAGCUAACGAAAUGAUGCCACAAAUCCCAACGUUUAUCUAUCAUGGUUCUUUAGAUAGAAUUGUUCCAAUUGUAGGAGCAAAAAGUGUAUAUCAACAAUGGUGUAACAACAAUAUUGCAUCCUUGGAAUUUGCCGAAGAUACUACUGGUGGUCAUAUUUCGGAAACAAUUGUUGGGGCUCCAGCUGCUUGGACUUGGUUAGAACAAAGAUUUGAAGGAAAGCAACCAGUUAAAGGUUGUUCGCAUGACACUAGAGCUUCUAAUUUCCUUUAUCCAGGAAUUAAACCAACUACUUUACAAUUUUUCCAAUCAUUGUAUGAAACUUUCUUGGGUAGUCCUCUCGGUCCAUUCGAUGACUCAAAAUUUUGA